UGGUGCGCGCUCCUCGGUGUCCCGGAUGGUGCUCGCACCGGAAGAGAAGGGGCAGCUCUCCCAGCCAUCUUGUGGCAGCUUCCAGCGAACUGGUCGCAUCAAGCCUCGUAGAAUCGGAGGUGAAUCCCGCUGAAGGGGCGCCAUCAUGCCCGGACACCUGCAAGAAGGCUUCGGCUGCGUCGUGACCAACCGGUUCGACCAGUUAUUGGACGAUGAGUCCGACCCGUUUGAGAUCCUGAAAGCCGCUGAAAACAAGAAGAAGGAGGGGGCCGCCGCUGGUUCCACCAAGACCGCGGCUCAAGCCGCGAAGCAGCCGAAGAAGGAGUCACAGAAGGACAGAAAGAACCCGCUGCUGGACAAGAAGGACGAGUCCCAAGCGCCAGUUCCCCUGAAGAAAGAAGGUAUCAGGCGGGUGGGCAGAAGACCGGACCAGCAGGGCCAGCCUGGACCUCCACACCAAGGCGGACAGGGCGAAGGGCGACCUGGAGACAAGAGGCCAGAGCGGAGACCUCCUCGCGAGCGGCGCUUCGAGAAGCCGGCCGAGGACAAGCCCGAGGGAGGCGGAGAGUUCUCUGCAGAUAAGCCUUCUGGAGACAGGCCCCCGAGAGGGCGUGGUGGCGGCCGGGGUGGGCGCGGUGGACGAGGACGGGGAAUGGGCCGAGGAGACGGCUUCGACUCGCGCGGGAAACGGGACUUCGACAGACACAGCGGCAGUGACAAAUCCAAUCAGAAAAGCGAGGAGAAGCGCAGCGGCAGCGGCUCAAACAACUGGGGCAACGUGAAGGAUGAAGUGAGUGAACCUGAACAGACUGCUCCUCCUGAGACGACCACAGAGGGAGAGGAAAGUGCUCCUGCUGGCUCCGAGAACAAGGAGAACGAGGUCGAAGAGGUGAAAAACGAGGGCCCCAAAGAGAUGACCCUGGACGAGUGGAAGGCCAUGCAGGACAAGGAGCGCACCAAGGUGGAGUUCAACAUCCGUAAGCCCAACGAGGGAGCCGACAGCCAGUGGAAGAAGGGAUACGUGCUGCACAAGUCCAAGAGUGAAGAUAGGCCCGUCGGUGCUUUGAUUGACGCCGCAGAGACGGAAGCAGAACCACCGACUCUGUUCACCAAGCAGGGCACAGCUGACGAGUCCGCCGACCACCAUUUCCGCAAACCAGCCAACGACAUCACAUCUCAGCUGGAGAUCAACUUUGGAGACCUGGGCCGCCCCGGGCGCGGGCGUGGGGGCGCGCGCGGAGGCAGAGGAGGCCGCGGCGGAGGAGGGGGAGGCACCAGGACGGCGCGUGGGGGAGGACGGUCCGAAAAGGCCAGUGGAGUGUCAGUCCCCAACGUGGACGAUCCUGAGGCCUUCCCAGCUCUGGCCUGAAGGCUUCUCCUUUCACCACCAGCCCACCCAUCAGCCCUUCCGGGGCCCCUCCUCUACGAGGCUUGCAUGCUUACCACAUCUUCAAGUAUAUAAGAAAACAAAGAAACAACAAAAAAAAAAAUUAAUGACAAAAAAAAAAAGACUGUCAUCCCAUACCACUCACACCACCAGGGGACUCAAAUUUUACCUGUUUUAAAGGAGAACAAAAGACAAAAAAAAGACGGAAAAGGACCUCUUGUUACACUGAAGUUUUGUAUUUAGGAACAUGAAAGCAGGGAUGUUUUCAUACUUUUUCUUUUUUUUUUCAGAGAUUAUGCAUACUUCAUUGAUAUUUUUGUGCUGCUUGAAUUUAUGCAUUUCUGCAUUUAUUUUGAAGUGUAUUUAUCUCUGCCCGCCCCUCCCAAAGCUUUUGUGCUUUUUAUUCUCAUGACUUCAGCUCAGUAUUAUGGGGUCAUCUUUAGAAAAAGACUUUCUACUGGAGUCCCCCCUCUCCCCCAGUAAUACACACUGAUGUGGUAGCACUACACUACAUAAGAAACGUAUACUAGAUGUCUGAAGUAUGGCUUAACAUGCAUUUAAAGUGUAAUUACUUGGAUCCUAACUACCCAUCAGUUUGCGAGGCACAAAUUCUGGAUGGGUAAGCAGGUAAAGUGACUUCCUACUAAAAGCUUGGUAUUUUUCUGCUUAUUGUGCAGUGAAAGUUAAUGCCUCUUUUCCUUUCAUUUUGAUAGCUUGCCUUUUUUUGUGGACCAGUGGUUAGUAAUGCUUCGUAUCCCCUGAUCCAGAUGUGCUACCUGUGUUUUCAGGGUGUCCCAGCGCCCCAUGUAUCCUUAGGCUGGUCCUUUUAGGUCAUACAGAGUGUACUACUUUUAACUUCCGGACCACUAAGCAGAUAUUGUAUUUUAUUUUGUUAAGGAUAAGUGAGUAUGUCAGUGUGUGUGUGUGUGCGUGCAGCAAAAUGUGCGACUGAAUGUGUGAAUUUGACAGCUAGUUACUUAGAAUUUAAGUAUUCCUUUGCUCUGAACUUCUCAAGCAGUAGACCACAGGUUCUCACCUGAAGCAGUGCAUACUGUCCAUUGAGAAGCGAUUGUUGAAAUGUAGGUGAAAAUGAUGGAUAGACCAUGGACAUAUCUUUAGAGCAUCUGUACCGUCUUUCAGAUCUCAAAGCACUUGGUUUUAUCAGCACUAGUCCUCUGAAGAUUGUUUUUUCUUCCCCUCCCUUGAAUCACACUUGCUGUUUGUUUUUCUCUUUUUGUUGUUUUGUUUAUUUUUUUUUUUUUUAUCAGUGCAGAAGCAUCAAUGCAUAAUUUGUCUGAAAGAAACAUGGGCUGUCAUCGUGGAUCAAUCACGAGCUACAGAAUGUAAUGUAAGCUAAUGGUGCUUUCAGCCACCUGUGUCAGCAUUUCCAGCAGUUAUUCCUUUUUAAUAAUGUGGGGUUACAGUGGGCGGGGGGGCGGGGGAGGGGCGUUACAGUGAAGUGAAUUUGAAGCUUUACACGUCGAGCUUUGCAAAGACGUGCUCGCGACUGCGCUGAUGCAGGUGGUUGGAGCAGUUUUCUCGUAGGACUGUUUGAGCCACGUGACGACGAAACUUUCUCUGCAAACAUCCCUGUUCUAAUAAAUUGCUUUAGAGGUGUUACAUGUAUUCUGUCAAUGGCUGUUCGGUUGUUUUCAAAUCGAUGCUGUGAUUUUAAAGGUGUAUACAAAUGUG